AUGCGCUCCUUACUUCAUUUCGCACUUCCUGCGCUCCUCCUCGACUCGUUGGCAGCCGCCAUCAGCAUCACCGAGCCAACCGCGAACUCAACCUUCGCCGCCGGCUCAGCCAUCACCGUCAACUGGACGACCGUCGAUACAGACCCCUCGUCCUUCAGCCUGUAUCUCUGGAACUUCGUCUCGUGGCCCCCGUCCUACGUCGCCCUGGCCACCGACAUCCCCACGGCCGACGAAUCCCACACCGUGCAAAUCCCCUGCGACACCAACCCGGAGUGGGGGUACCAGCUCAGCGCGAUCAACGGCACAAACGUCUACAUCAUCUACGCCCAGGGCGAGCGCUUUACUAUUGACUCUCCGGCUGAUGGCGAGAGCUGUGUCGACACCGUCCCCUCUAGCUCCGCUACGCCUUCGCCCUCUACCUGCGACGCGACGACCGUCUAUGUCACGGUGACUCCCACCGCGUCCAGCCACCACCAUGGCCACCACGCCUCUGUCUCUCCUAGCCUGUCAACCCCCACUGCUGUGCCUUCUUCAACCAAGUACACGAAGCCUGGACUUGUGCCGAAAACUAUUGGCUGGCAGUCGGACUAUGAUCAUCCCGUCACCUUGGACCACCCCCCUGUUCCGACUGCGGCGCCUGAAGAAGUUGGAGAGAGCAGCACAAAGCCAGUCCAUGUUGUCACCGUUACGACCACUAUUGGCGUGCCGGCUCCGGCUGGGGAUGAUAGAUGUCCGGCUGUCUAA